AUGCUGCGGAUAUUGAUAGUGGUGACGUGCAUCGAGAUAUCGACGCUCGCCAAUGCACAGUCGAAAGGAACUACUUCUUUCGAUAACGAUGCGAACAGCGAUGAACCUGAGCAUCCGAUACCCGUGGAGUCGAUACAGGGGGUGGCGGGUCAGAGGACAAUCCUGCCGUGUAAUAUACAGCCCCGCGAGUCGAAUGACGCCGUCUCCAUGGUACUCUGGUUCAAAGAGGACAGCGGCGAACCUCUGUACAGUUACGAUGCGAGAAGUCGACAGUUCGGAAAGGCGAAAUUGUGGAGCGCUGCGCAUUUUUGGGGCCAUCGAGCGUCUUUUCGUGCGAGUCCACCGGCGCAGCUGACACUUCAGGAUCUUCAACAAAGCGAUGAGGGUGUCUACAGGUGCAGGGUCGAUUUCCGAAACUCGCCAACGAGAAACUUGAAAGUUAAUCUCACCGUUAUCGUGCCACCGACGAAGCCGAUAAUCUAUGAUGCGAAGAAGCGAGACAUGAGUAAACUCCUCGAGGCUUACCCGGAGGGAGCUGACCUGUUCCUGGUCUGCGAGGUGCAUGGAGGUAAACCUAGACCACAAGUCUCGUGGUAUUUGGAAUCUCAAAUCAUCCAUGCAUCUACCGAGGUUCGAGAAACGCAAGGGCCAGGCGGCGAGACCAACGUCGUAACCAUCAGCAACGUGACUGUGAAAGCUCUCACGAGGAGGCAUCAUCACGCCAAGCUGUCCUGCCGAGCGAAUAACACUCAAUUAGCGUCGCCACCCACCACCACCGUUGUCAUAGAGCUUAACAUGAAACCGCUCAAGGUGGAAAUAUUGGGGAAGGAGGUGAUCCUAUCGGCAGGAAAGACAUAUGACAUGAAAUGUCAGAGCACCGGUUCGAGGCCGCCGGCGGUCCUGACCUGGUGGAAAUCCUCGAAGCAGCUGAAGGGACAGAAGAAAAAUGACGGCGUGAGUCUGCAAUUUACGCCGACGGUGGAGGACGAGGGAAAGUUUCUAGUGUGUCGUGCCGAGAAUCCGAAACUGCCGGAUGCCAGUAUCGAGGACCGAUGGAAGCUGAAAGUGCACU